AGCCCGCGACUCCCCGCUCCUCCUCAGGCACCCGCGGAGGUGAGGGGCUGAGGGACAGCCCGCACGGCCACCCGCCGCCAAGGUGCCCAACCACCACCGCCGCCGGCAGCGGGGCCCGGGGCGUACCGGGCGGGCAGGAACUGCGUCACGCACGGCGCGGAAGGGACGCGAGAGCCCAGGCCCCGGGGACGGGACGGCAACGAGAACCGGGAGCUCAGAGGGAAGGAGGGGACGGGGGAGCCACCCCUCAGCGCAGCACCCACGACCCGCCUCCAUCAGCCCCAUGUGCCACUGGGGGCGCUGGCGCUCACGCUCCGGCGGGCACUGUCGGAGGUAAAGCCCGAGCUGGCGCCUUCUGCCUCCCCACCGGGACGGGCGCGGUCAGAGAUCCCCACCCGCUCCGCACUAGGAGGUGUGGGGUGCCGCGCUAGAGACGUGCGGCCCGGGAGCUCCGCCCGCGGGCCGCGUCAGGUGCAAACGGGGCUGCCCACCCCCUUCCUGGCGGCUGGCGGGUGAUCGCACAUCGCUCCCCGGAGCACGCACACCACACCAGGCACACACCCCGCGGGCCAGCUCCUCUGCACCUGGGGGCACAGGGUCUCCCGGGGCCUUUCCUUCCCGCGGCACGGCGGGAGAGGCCGGUGCUGCACCGCCUGUGCUCUGAAGAGGCGGAAAUCCAUCGCGGGGUUUGCGGGGAGCUGAAGGAGCGCCAGCGACCUGCCGGCGAGGAGGAUUUUUGGCUUCUUGGAGAAACAAUAGAAAAUGCAAAACGAAAUAAUAAAGCCUGCUAAAUACUUCUCAGAAGUGGAGAAGAGUGUGCUGCUUGCAUUAGUUGAAAAAUACAAAUAUGUGCUUGAGUGUAAAAAAAGUGAUGCAAGAACUAUUGCUCUGAAGCAACGUACCUGGCAAGCACUAGCUCAUGAAUAUAAUUCGCAGCCCAGUGUAUCACUGCGAGACUUCAAACAGUUAAAGAAAUGCUGGGAAAAUAUCAAGGCACGGACAAAAAAGAUAAUGGCACAUGAAAGGCGGGAGAAGGUAAAAAGAAGUGUUAGUCCACUUAUAAGUUCUCACAUCAUAGGGAAAGAGAAGAUUGCCAGCAUAAUGCCUGAGCAAAUGUACUUUUUGCAGAGCCCACCAGAAGAUUCUGAAUAUCAGCCUGAUGCUUCUAGUCAAGAGUCAUUUGUUGUCUCAAAUAGAGAACUUUGUGAUGAAGACAAAGAGCUGGUACAUUUCCCAGUAUGUGAAGGUACCUCCCAAUCUGAGCCUUCGUGUUCUGAUGUCAGAAUAGCAGCAGAUAAGAACUACAGAAGUAAAGCAUCUCAGGAAAGUGCUCUGAAAAAGAUGCAUGAGGAAGAACAUCAUCAGCAAAUGUCAAUUUUGCAACUACAGUUAAUCCAAAUGAAUGAAGUUCAUGUGGCAAAAAUACAGCAAAUAGAAAGAGAGUGUGAGAUGGCUGAAGAAGAACACAGGAUAAAAAUGGAAGUGCUAAAUAAAAAGAAAAUGUAUUGGGAGAGAAAACUGCAGACCAUCACAAAAGAAUGGCCUGUAUCAUCUUUUAACAGACCCUUUCCUAAUUCACCUUAGAACAUAGGCAGAGUCAGUCUGAUUGAGCACAUUAAUGAGUAAUGCACACUGGAAAGAGGGUUUUUUAAUGUGAAUGUACAGUGAGUGACAGGAUAGCUGCCUGGCUGAUAGUGAGCACACUUUGACUCUUAAUGUUUAGAGAAACAGUGGUAGAGUCCACCAAGGGGAAAACUAAAUUGUUCAUUUGUAGGUAGUUCUGAUUUGUUUAACUGUCAGACAUGCACAGUGUUCUAAAAUGUCAACAGAUUUUUCCCCUCUCAGAAUACCAUAACAUACUUUUGAAAUUUAAGGUACUCUAGGUAUGCUUACGUUGGGUGUUCCUGAGAAAAUGUAACAGCUUUAAACAUGAGGUUAUAAUGUUUA